CCAGGAGUUCUCGCGAGAGCCGUUUGAGCGCGAGCCGGGCGGACGCUGCUGCUGCUGCUCCGCGCGCCCCGCUGCAAAGCGCGGGGGACCGGCCCCAUGGAGUCUGCAGCCCCCAAGCCGCCGCCGCCGCCGGCCGGGAAGAGCAGGAACCUGCCAUGGGUGGAAAAAUAUCGUCCUCAGACACUGAAUGACCUAAUUUCCCAUCAGGACAUUCUGAGCACCAUUCAGAAGUUCAUCAGCGAAGAUCGUCUGCCUCACCUUCUCCUCUAUGGACCGCCUGGCACUGGCAAGACCUCCACAAUUCUGGCCUGUGCUAAACAGCUCUACAAAGACAAGGAAUUCAACGCCAUGGUUUUAGAGCUGAAUGCUUCGGAUGACAGAGGAAUUGAUGUAGUCAGAGGCCCCAUCCUGAGCUUUGCUAGCACAAGGACAAUCUUUAAGAAAGGUUUUAAGCUUGUGAUCCUGGAUGAAGCAGACGCCAUGACCCAGGAUGCCCAGAAUGCCCUAAGGCGAGUGAUUGAGAAAUUCACUGAGAACACCAGGUUUUGCCUGAUCUGUAACUACCUCUCCAAGAUCAUCCCUGCCUUGCAGUCCAGAUGCACAAGGUUCCGGUUUGGCCCCCUGACUCCGGAACUCAUGGUCCCCAGGCUGCAGCAUGUCAUCAAGGAAGAGAUGGCUGACGUAAGUGAAGAUGGGAUGAAAGCAUUGGUGACCCUCUCCAGCGGGGACAUGCGCAGAGCUCUGAAUAUUUUGCAGAGCACCACCAUGGCCUUUGGGAAGGUGACGGAGGACACCGUGUACACCUGCACGGGGCACCCACUGAAGUCUGACAUUGCCAACAUUCUCGACUGGAUGCUGAACCAGGACUUCACCACUGCCUAUAAAAAAAUCCUGGAGCUGAAGACGCUGAAGGGUUUGGCUCUGCAUGACAUCCUGACAGAGAUCCACUUGUUUGUGCACCGAGUUGACUUCCCGCCUUCCGUCCGAAUCCAACUCCUGAUCAAAAUGGCAGACAUCGAGCACAGAUUGGCUGCGGGGACAAGCGAGAAGAUUCAGCUAAGCUCCCUUAUUGCUGCGUUCCAAGUCACCAGGGACUUGAUUGUAGCUGAGGCUUAGGGCCAGUGGCUUCCUGCAAGCACAGUUUACACCCUCACCCCUCCCGCUAAGAAGUAAAAAAGAAGAAUGUCCUUGUCUGAACACGAGUCCAGUGGCUUCUGCAGUUCCUUACCCCCUGUAUUAGAAGCCCCAUAUACUGGUGACAAUGUAGGGGACAAAUUUGACCUUCAGAUACGUGCACCUCAUUGCUCUUGACUUAAGGGGAACUCAGCACAAGCAUUUGAGGGAAAAAUUUAGCCCUUUGCAGCUAAGGGUGAGGUAAUAGACACAGUGCUAAGAAGUUGUCCGUGUAUAAGCUGCAGCGUGAAAUACACCUUGGAAGGGAAGUAAGGUAGGUUCAUCUCUUCUCUUACACCCGAGGAAGGGAUUGACUUUGUGGGGCCCACUGUAGCUAAAGCUGGCUGUUGGUGGGUUUUAAGGCUGCAAGCUCCUUUCAUGUCCUGGGAGACUUUGGUCCAAAUUCACCAUCAGAGUAAGUAUCUCACUUGCCCUGAUGAGUGGAACUGCACUCCUAGAGCAGCAGCAGAUUUGACCCAUUUAGCCUGCAGGGAAUUGUGUAUAGCAGAAGGAGGCUGGGGGCUAGAGACUUUCCCCUUGUAUGAGACUUUAAAUGUUGUUUCCCAUGACACAAUGUCACAGGAAGCCUUAACUGAUCUCAGAAGGAUCUUCUCAAACAGACAUGGUGUACCAUUACCUAGUGCAGAAUACAGGGGUCUCUUGAUUUAAUCAAUGCCCUAAAUUCUGUAAACUGGCUUUACAGUAGGUGCUUCGGGCCUGCUAUCCUGAUUGCAGGAGGUUAGUGUAGUUGCAGCCUAGGAAGGACAACACACUAGUAGUCAGUUGUAUGAAAGGGAAAAAAUUUUAUUUUGCCUCUUGAAGUUAAUAAACAUCUCAGGCUCCUGUGUACAUGAUGGCAAUACUACAGAUCAUGUUCAAGUAAAAAUUAAAACCAUCUUCACUCAUCAGGAUGCUUGACAGGG